UUUUUAGCCACGAGGGGUCCGGAAACGUUCCGGUGUCAACUCGGGGUUCGUAAUGUUGAAGAAGAGCAACACAAUAACGCACUACGACAGGACUACCCAUUUCCAGCUAUGAUCUUAAGAGUCGAUGUUUUUUCUUCCUGAAAGCGUUCUUAGUUUCGAUUGUGCGUUUUGAGGGAAGCUUUUCAGCUCGGAGUCACUGUCUUUCUGUAUCAAGUCACCACUUAAUAAUAGUCAUGGCCAUCCAUAGUGAGCUACUUGUACUCGCAAGUGAGCAUCCCGCCAAAGCUAUCGUGAGUCUGUUGCUAGCUGCGGUGACUUUAUCUCUUCUAGUCAUCAAGAAAAUCUUCCAACCCAUCGGGAAGCGAAGUUCGAAAGCUCGACUACCACCAGGGCCACCAGGAGUCUUCCUCCUAGGCAGUCUACUAGACUUCAAGAACAACAGAUAUGAUCCAGAACACAAAUAUCUAAAAUCCCUUACCCAAUAUGGCGAAAUGACCACCAUCCAUCUCGGCUCCAAAACCUGGAUCCUCCUCAACUCCCCGCGCGUCGUCUCUGAAAUCAUCGCCAAGCGUGGCACCCUCACCAACGGCCGCUCCCCGAUGCCCAUCGCCUCCGGCAUCGUCAGCCGCUCCCGCCGCUCCCUCUUGCUCCCGCCGUCCAGCUGGACCGAGCCCCGUCGUGUCAUGCACCACCUCCUCAGCGGCGCCGCGCUGACACAGUACGGUGCCUGGCAGGAGCUGGAGAGCGCGCAGAUGAUGGCCGAGUAUCUGCGGCAGCCGGGACGCUGGUUCAGGCACCAUUAUCGGUACGCGAACUCGGUGGUGCAUCGCAUCGCGCUAGGGGAGCGGCUGAUGAAGUCGGGGAAGGAGCUGGAAGACCUGCAGGACGUGGUCACGAAGUUCGUUGGGAGCAUCGGGAUGAGCUUGGUGGACUGGUUUCCCGACCUGGAUCACCUACCGCGGUUUCUGCAGGUCUGGCGACCCUAUUGGGAGCGCCUGGACCGGUGGAACUACGACAUCUACCGAUCAUGGUGGCUCCCCGUGAAGGAGCAGAUCGUCAACGGCACCGCGCCGCCCUCGUUCGUCCGCGAUGUGCUCCUGGCCGAGAGCACUAAGUAUACCGGAAACGAUCAGGACGCCAUGUACGUCGCCAUGCAGCUCAUCGAAGCCGGCAGCGACACCACCCGCGAGGCGCUCAACGUCUUCGUCAUGGCAUCCCUCUGCCACCCGGACGCCUUCCGCCAAGCGCGGCUCGAAGUCGACCGGGUCUGCGGAUCCAACGCCGAGCGGCUGCCCGGGCUCGCCGACAUGGAUGCCCUUCCGUACAUCUGCGCCAUGAUCAAAGAGGUGCUACGUUGGCGGCCGAUAUUCCCGCUGACCCCCGACCACACGGCGACGGCGGAUUUCGACUUCGAGGGGUACCACUUCCCCGCGGGCGUGGGCUUCGUCAUUAAUGGAAUCCCGGUCUGCAACGCCUGUGAGGAUCCGGAUGAAUUUCGGCCGGAGCGGUGGCUAGAUGGACAUGAGAUGGAUGCGGCUCACGGGUUGUGGCAGUUUGGUGGAGGGCGGCGAAUUUGUGUGGGGUAUCGGCUUGCGCAGAGGGGGUUGUUCAUCAAUAUGGCACGGUUGGUUUACUGCUUCGACUAUGCUCCGGAUGGCGAUAUCAACCCGAUUAUACUCAAUCAUCAUAGAAUCGAUGAACCCUUUCCGGUGAAGGUUACCGUUCGGAGUCCAAAGCAUGAGAAGUUGGUUUUGGAUGAGGCGAAGAGGCUAGAUGUCCUGCAGUUUGCGGAGUAGGGGAUUUGAUGACGAUGCACUCUCAGACCGCUGUUCAGUCAUCAAGUGUAAGUAGCAUUAUCUAGAUACCCCGUUGAGGGAUACCAUGCUUUCAAUGACGGCAUGGAUCUGACAGGGAGAGAAGAUGGUUAGGACGUGAGGAUGAUCGCUAUGGUGAGGCAUGGGUGGAGUAACAGGUCGUGGAGUUGGGAGAGUGUGGAACCGCGGAU